AUGGGCUAUACUAUUUCUUCUGAUGGUGAUGGGCUUUCAUAUUUUGAUUGGGCUGAAAGGCCUCCUUUAACUGUUGUACCUAUUUCUUCAAUUAAGCCCAAAAAUUUCAAAGAGAUAGUUGAAGAAACUAGGCCUAUUGAGAAUAAGUCUUCUAAAAUGGUGUGCUUUUACUUGGGUCGAGGGCUAUCAGAAACGUCCUCCCUACCUCCCAAGCUCCGAUGUUGCAAUUGUGGUCAUUUAUCUGUCACACAAGAGCCUCUAAUCGACAUAAGCUUAGAGAUUGAAGGCGUUGACAGUGUACCAGCAGCACUGGAGUCCUUCACUAAAAUCGAGAAAAUUAAGUAUUCUUGUGAAAGGUGUAAGACACAGGGGCCAUUUGAGAAAUAUCUCCUCGUUCAUUAUGCCCCUUCUGUUGCUGCCCUACAUUUGAAGAGAUUCAAAAAUAACGGGAUAGUUGUUUAG